AUGUCGCACGCGACGAAGCAGCUCAAGAAGGCCGCGCGCAUCAUCCUCAUUGGCGCACCAGGAGUAGGAAAAGGCACACAGUCCGAGCGACUGCUAUCCCGAUUCCCGCAGCUGGCCUCGAUCAGCUCCGGUGACCUGUUGAGAGAGAAUGUGCGCCGACGAACACCGCUCGGCAUGCAAGCCGAGGCCGCAAUGCAGUCCGGCAACCUCGUCCCCGAUUCCAUGAUUCUCAACCUGAUCUCUGAUGACAUGAAAACCAAGGGCUGGCUCCUUCAACCCGACUCUCCUGCCCAAUCCACAAACUCGCCAUCUCCAGAAAACACCACAUCCGCCCCUACAAUUGAUCCUUCUGCCUCCUUCAUCCUUGACGGCUUCCCUCGCACCUCCUCCCAGGCUACAAGCCUGGACAGUCUAGUGCCAGUGAACUUUGUUGUACACCUUCUCACCCCGCCCUCGGUAAUCCUUGCCCGAAUCGCAUCACGCUGGGUCCAUGAGCCCUCGGGGCGAGUCUACAACACAGACUUCCACCCACCAAAGGUGCCAGGCAAAGACGAUGUCACCGGCGAAACAUUGACACAGCGCGAAGAUGACUCAAUCGACACCUGGAAGCAGCGUCUUCGCAAGUUUGAGGAGACCAGCAAGUCACUGUUGGACCACUAUGAACGUCGAGGCUUCCUAUUCCGCGCAGAGGGUAAUAGCUCCGACGAGAUCACGCCCAGACUGUUCGCCGAGAUUGAAAGGCGAUUCUGCUGA